CGUGCGUGAAGUGAAAAAAGUGAAAAAUUAUUUCUGAAGUUCAUCUUUUUCAAAGAUUCUCACCACCAAAGUAUUUAGACCGUGAUUGUAAGGGAAGCUGCACAACACGAAGUAAAACACAGUGAAUGAUUGGGGACAAGAAUGAGCAACAUGGCAUCUAAUAUUAAGCCUCAAACAUAUGAUGUGUUUGUGGCGAAUUUACCGCCAGAUUCAAACCAGAAAGCGAUCCAGAAGAUCUUCUCUAAAUGUGGAAAUGUGCAGUCAGUUACCUAUGGGGAGAAUAGAAAGGGACCUGGCUAUAUAGGCUAUGUGAGAUUCUUCAGUGAAGAAGAUGCAGAAAAGGCCUGUGUAGAGUUUAACGGUCAAAAAGUUCAGGGAAACCAGCUGAAAGUAAUUAGAACUCAAAGAAACAAAACACCUUCGGGUGGCGGUGGUGGUGGAGGGGGUGGUGGUCCCAGGGGACAACAGGGGUUUGGAGGUCACAAUAAUCGUCAGGAUCGAAACAGAGAUAACAUUACUUCACCUCCUAGACAGAACAGGUCCAACUUUAAACAAGAACCUGAUAUAGUCCCCAAGUCACCUAUGACCAUGAGUACAGCUGCACCCAAACCAGAGUUCCUUUCAAAGGAACAGAUUAUGGUCACCCAUGUUGAGGACCCAGUCACAUUCUGGGCACAGAUCAUGGCCCCAGAUGCCGCAGCUUUACUCAUGAAGAUCACAGAGAGUAUGAUUCAAGUUUGCCCCCAGUCUACCAAACUGACCUCAGCCCCUGAAGAAAAUAAGGUUUAUGCAACCAUAUUCUCUGAAGACAGCAUGUGGUAUAGGUGUCAACUAGUCGAAAAAAUAAAUGCUGAUCAGUGCAAAGUGCAGUAUAUAGACUAUGGCAAUUAUGAAAUUGUACUUAACUGUGGUAUAGUAGAAUUACCAAUAACACUCUCUAGUCCUUCACGCCUUGCCAAGAAAUUUACAUUAUUGAAUGCAAGACCAACAAAUCCAGAUUCCACAAGUGAAACAUAUAAAUCUGGAAUGGAUCAGUUGCGAUCCUUGGCUGACCAAAUGAUUGAGUGUGAUGUUUUGUCAAACCCAGUCAAUUCAAAUGAAAGAUAUGCCAAAUUAUUCCACCAAGGGGAGAACUUAAAUGAUGCCCUCAUGGCCAAUGGUCUCAUUGAGAAUAUUCCUGAACAUUCUGAGACAUCACCUCAAACAGAAAACCCAUUCAUGAGUUAUAAUUCCCCUAUACGGCCACCCAACAGAGGGGACAACAAUCCCAAUCGCUAUGCCAAUCCUGGUUUUCAUGACAACCGAGGCCAGAGUCAACAACUAGAAAUGAUCAAGCAGGAACUUCAACAGGCUCACCAGGAUAAGCAGGCGCUGAAAGAUGAGAGAGAUGAAUCUGUGAUUGAUCUAGCCACAACCAAAGGAAAGCUAAAGUUGGUGCAGGGUCAGCUUUAUACACUAAAUACUCAGCUUCAACAAUCCAGUGUCUCCUAUAAGAUGAAGUUGUUGAUCACUGGUGUAAACAAAGUCAAGACACUGAGGCUACAGUUCCCUACAGAUAGUUCAAGCAAGGACAAUGUUGACCUUGCGAUCAACCUCAUUGUCAACCCAACAUGUAAGAUCUCACUCUCCCAGUUGGCAGAGAUCGCCAAGGUGACUGGCUCUAUACAGGUCUACCAGGAUGCCCAGCUUGCUGUCAGGAAAUGCACCAAUAAGGUUGAUUUGGAAAGUUUUGUCCAAGAAAGGAACAGAGCAAGGCUGCACCUAAAUGAGAGCCUAGUUGAGUUACUGGGAGUUAUAGCUGAACUACCUCUGAGAGACCGAGAGUCAGAACUACAGCAUGCAAUAGACAGCCUACUCACGACACACAAGACUUAUGCCAAUAUAAAACUGGCCAAACUGCCAUCAGCUGAAGAGGCAGUAACUGCCUACCAAAAUUGGAAGAAUAAGGUAAAGGCAGAAUUCUGUGAUGUACGUACUAAGACCAACACAUGUCACAAUGCAGUGGAUAGUGCUCUCCUUCACCUCAGACAGACCCUGUCGUUUGAUUCAAGUGCGCCUGUUGAACCAGUGAAUGGGAAGUCUGAUCUGGAUACAUUGUUUCAACGUCUUCAAACAGCAGUUGAUGAAGAAAUUUCAAAGUGCUCUAUGGAGGAGUCUAAUGAUGACGCGGUUAUCAUAGCAACAGUGGUACAGGCAUUAUUGAGAGAAAUGCGGGAUGAGGAACUCAGAGACAUAGAGGAGCUUUCAAGACUUAACAUAGAGUAUAAGUUAAUGCACCAAUCACUGAGCAGAUGGUUGAACGACACUCCUGACAUGUCAGACAUUAACACAGUCAGGAAAACCAUCAAGGCACUUAAGUCCAAGUUACGCCAUAAAAUAGCUGACAAAUCUGAUCUAGAGGAGAAUGAUUCAGAUGAGGAUCCCGAUGAGCUCAGUAAGCUUAAUGCAGAAUUGACAGAUAUCAGAGAACAACUCCAUGCUGCUUUGGUACAUGAAGACACUCUUAUGGUGGAGAUAAGCAAAUUGUAUGGUGAACAUUUCCCAGAGUUGAACACCCUGUAUCCUGACCUUGGUUUAAGCUACCAACUGGAGUACAAUGGCCUCGUAAAGACAGGUCGUAGCUUGGAUCAGUUUGACGUAGAGAAGUUGCCAGGCAGCGAGAAGUCAUCCACAAUGAAGUCUUCGUUCAACAAACAACCAGUUGUGCUAAAGGAGUUUAUAUUGGGAGAACAGAGCAGUAUGACAAAGGAUACAUUCCUACAAAGUGCCUUGAAAUACCAACAGAGAGUCAAUGGAGGGCUAGUGCCAUUAGAUGCAGUCUUCAUGAGCAAGAAUGAGAGAUUUGCCUAUACGCAGACUUGCAUGUAUGAGAGUAACCUACCAGAUUACCUCAUGAACAAUCAGAUCUCACAUGGGGAUGCCCAGCAGAUUUUACUGGGUGUGCUGCGUGGUAUAGCUGCCCUGCACGACGUUGGUAUGGUCCAUGGACAGAUUCAUCCACACAAUGUUUACAUCACGGAUAGUGUAAUUGGUGUAUUGUCUGAAUAUGAUCUCACAAAAUCUCAGGAAGAGAGAGCAUUGAACCGUGGAACAGAUACAGGUAAAAUGGCUUGGCAAGGCCCAGAGGUUUUGAAACCUGGUUUAGUCAGCCCUGCAACUGAUCUCUACUGCUUUGGUCUCCUAGCCUUCUAUAUCCACUUCUUCAGGCUUUGUACAGAGGCUACCCAGAUAUUUGUGCCCAGUGUUGCCGCGCUUGGUUCUGCUCAUCCAGUGUGCAGUGUUAUCCAAAGUUUGCUUACUUCUGAGCCAAGUCAGCGUCCUAGAGCAUCUGAUCUCUUAAGAGACUCAUAUUUCUCUACCCCUAUGACCCCAACGUCUAAAAGUACACGAGUCAGUCCAGAGGGAGAGACACUUCAGCUCAGACCAAAGCAGCCAUCGCCCACAUGUAACCAAGGCCAGAAGACUGGCAUUCUAAAGAACUCCCCAGCCAGUUCACCUGUAUUGGCAGCCAAUCAGCCUCAAGCUAGGGCUUCACCUCCUAUCUUAACAACAGUGGCUCCCUCUGACACACCCCAACCCCAAGCAGUGCCAAUUGAGGACCUUGCACAAAAAGCAUCGGCUCGUGCAGAAUCUGCUAGCUCUGGUCGUGAGAUGACCAUCUACGAUGAUGAUGAUCCAUUUAGUGGGGACUAUGUUGACAAAGAUGAUGAAGCUUUCGGUAUUGGUCUGGACGAGGGAGGAGAUACUGAGGACACACAUAACACAUCAGAUACUAUCAAACAUGAGACGACCUUUACAGAAGAACUUGCCCAGUACCAGGAAGAGAAAAGAAAGGCCGCUGACAAAGAGGGAGAAGAAGCUGAUGGGGAAACAGCAACACCUGUUGGCGACUCUGAUAUCGAUGAUCUUACUGAUAGGGCUUCCAAAUUAGAUGUUGACAGUGAAAAGGGUCAGGGGGAGGGACUUAGAAAAGGGGCGUUAACAUUGGAGCAGAUGAGAUCCCUGAUUGACACUGCGGCAGCACAACCUUUAGAGCUCAUUAGUCCAGUGAGCAGUAAUGAGUCAAAGAGUUCCUUUGAGGUGAUACCCAGUAGUGAGGGGGAAACAAAGUGAACAACUUAACAUACAAUGAGACACCUAGUUGUGAGUGGAAAACAAAGCAAUCAACUUUAUGUAUUAGGAUAAUGUGUGGGGAAAGGAAGUGAAUACUGAACAAUGUGACACAUAUAGUAGUUAGGGAAAACAAAAGGAACAACUUACAUACAAUGUGACACCUGGUUGUGAGAGGAAGACAAAGUGAACAAAUGAAUAUACAACGAGACACUGAGUAGUGAGAGAAGGCAACAUGAACACCUUCAAUCUUAAAAUAGCUGUCACAUUAGCUAUGUGGGCUCACCAUGGCUAAUUUUGGGCAUUAAUUU